CCAAGAUGCUGUAGCUCAUUGUGCUCGACUUGAUCACUUCUCUCUGUUUCAUUGACGUUGAGAAUUUCGAAAGAGAGAAAAAUGGGAAGAGCCCCAUGUUGUUCUAAAGUGGGUUUGCAUAGAGGUCCUUGGAGUGUCCAGGAGGACACCUUGCUCGUUAACUAUAUUCGAGUUCAUGGUGAAGGCCGAUGGAGAAAUCUGCCUAAAAAUGCUGGACUACUUAGAUGUGGGAAGAGUUGCAGGCUGAGAUGGAUGAAUUAUCUGCGACCUGACAUCAAGAGAGGAAACAUUUCACAAGAUGAAGAAGAACUUAUCAUCAAGCUUCAUUCUCUUCUGGGUAAUCGUUGGUCUCUCAUUGCUAAAAGGCUUCCAGGUCGAACAGACAAUGAGAUUAAGAACUACUGGAAUUCUCAUCUGAUCAAGAAAGUGGAAAGAAGUACAGAAACUCAACCAAAAGCACCUAGAGCGGUGAAGAAAAGGAGCCAGCAGUCCACAAGUGAGAAGAAGAACGGGGAGAGUUCCGGUGCAGCUGCAAACCAAGAGACAACAAAGACAAAAGUGUAUCUUCCCAAGGCUGUAAGGGUUUCUCCAUACUUCCUUGCAAUUAGUAACAUGGGUUUGGAGUGUAUGGCAACCGGGUCAUCCUCAUUAUCCAGCCAUACAGAAGAAAACACUACUAAAGCAAAUGAUCCAGAAGUUGCGUUGAAUAACUCUCCAGCUUCAAGCUGGCCUCCUCUAAUAGAAGAAGAAGCUAACAAAAAUGCUCCCAUUAACGAAGACUGCUACAGUUUCACAUCUAAUGCAUGUGAUAAUUCAUUUCUAAACUUUCUUGACGAAUUUCUUGAAGACUGUGAUCAGGAUCAGCUGCUUCUCAACUAAGUUAAUUGGAGUUCAACUUUGCAAUAUUGUAUUAUUUUAUUGAGUUUCGUGGUCAACUAGAAGGAGCCUAACCGGUAAAUUCUAGUGGCAUUAAAUAAUAUUUAAUCUACCAACCCAUUCUUCGUCAUGUUCAGCAUAAAUAAGUUGGUCUGUCACAUCAGUUUCGUCA